UAAUGCGCGCGGUGUUUGUAGUGCGCACAAGAAUAUGCAGAGUCAUGUUGAUGCAGGACUUCCUCCAGCACCAGCGCCCCCACCCCUCCCCCCGCGAACUUCAGCCUCUGGAAAUGAGAGCAGAGCUGGAACGCGGAGGGACACGCGUGUCAGUUUCCUGAUAGGACGCGCCUCCUGCGGCUGCGCGCGUCCGCUCCAGUCGUCCCCGGUGCUUUUGGGUUGUUUGGAGUGGAGUUGUGUCCGGGACUGGGGGGUGUACAGAGCCCACUCUGGGUGACUAAAGCCCAUCUGUGUGGAUCUACACCGGCCUCCACAGGCGGAGGACGGACGCGCCUUUUCCUCCAACAUUUCCCUCAGAUGAUCAGAGCUGGAGUGGAGUUUGAGCUGCAGGGCUGAGGAUACACGUUCCAGCAGUUUGGAUCUGAGCCGGAUCCCUCUGACUGUGCACUUCCACUUCCUCUUCUCUUGUGAAAGGCUAAAGUGCAGAGGAUGCACUAAAACAUCAGGAUGGACUCCUCCUCAGAUGUGCUCUGACUUGUUCUGUGGAAACGCUCUGCUCCUUGGACGGCUGCUGUCAGUCAUGCUGCAGACUGGAUCUGCAGAUGAGGGCGUUUGUUGCGGUUCACCAUCGGUCUGCUCCUUUGUUUUCCGGUCCUAUUUUCGCAGUGACACAUAUAAUCCAAACCUGUUUGAUGCAGGAACUGUCUUAUUUUAUGGAUCGCCUGCUCCGCCUUCUGCCUGUGGCCUGGACCAUAAAUGGAUCGUACAUUUUUCACAUUCCUAAUCUACACUUUUUAAACAGAUUUUUGGAUUUUUGUUAAGACUGAGAAAACAUGGAGAAGCUGAGGACAUGCACUCCUGAGCCUUCAAUUAAGUUUAGACUAAAGACGUGUAUUCCUCUGUGGGAUAAGAGCUCCACGCUUUGAACUGCCCCAGACGUUUAAAACCAAGCAGGUACUGAACCCAAAGGAAAUCCUCUUCCUUUAUCCUAGGAUGCAUUGCCCUUUGCGAAAGAGACGUCCGACCCGUGAUUCGGACUUUUCGGCCAUCGCCGUCCCCUCCAUGCGUGGGUCUGGGUAUCUGGACUACGUAGUGGAGAGCCACGCCUCCAGAUCCCUGAAGGUCAUGGAUGAGUUCAGGCGGGAGGAGAAGCUGUGUGACCUGGUGCUUCAUGUCACAUACCAGGAAAGGACCGAGGACUUCAAGGUCCAUAAAGUGGUCCUGGCCUCCUGCAGUCCCUACUUCAGGGCCAUGUUCACCAGCAGCUUCAAAGAGUGCAGUGCCUCGGAGGUCACCCUGUGUGACGUCAGCCCUCAGGUGGUGGGACGACUGAUCGACUUCGCAUACACCUCCCACAUCACCGUAGGAGAGAAGUGUGUUCUGCACGUCCUGUUGGCUGCCAUGAGGUUUCAGAUGGAGGACGUGGCCAAAGCAUGCUGUGACUUCCUCAUCAAACACCUGGAGCCGUCCAAUGUCAUCGGCAUCGCUCGUUUCGCAGAGGAGAUCGGCUGCACCGAUCUGCACCAGAAGAGCCGAGAGUACAUUAACACACACUUCAGUGAGGUGACCAAAGUGGACGAGUUCUUCAGCCUGUCCCACUGUCAGCUGUUAGAGCUCAUCAGCCAGGACAGCCUCAAGGUUCUGUGUGAGACCGAGGUGUAUAAGGCCUGCACAGACUGGGUGCGCUGGGACAUGGAGGGCAGGGCCCAGUACCUCCACGCCCUCCUCAAUGCAGUUCAUAUCUACGCUCUGCCUCCAAAGUUCCUGAAGAACCAGCUGUUGUCCUGCCCCAUCCUCAGUAAGGCCAAUUCCUGUAAGGACUUCCUGUCAAAAAUCUUCCAGGACAUGACGUUACGGAAGCUUCCUCCUGCACCACACCGUGGGACCCAGCUGGUCUACGUAGCCGGAGGAUACCGUCAACAUUCGCUGUCCUCCAUGGAGGCCUAUGACCCCAGGAGGAAGGUGUGGCUCAAACUGGCGGACCUGGGGACUCCGUGCAGUGGUCUGGGAGCCUGUGCACUGUUUGGACUGUUGUACACAGUGGGUGGCAGGAACCUGUCCCUUCAGAACAACACCGAGUCCAGCGCCCUCUGCUGCUACAACCCUAUGACCAACCUGUGGAGCCAACGCGCCCCCCUCAACACCCCCAGGAACAGGGUGGGGGUGGCGGUGGUGGACGGCUGCAUCUACGCCGUCGGGGGCUCCCAGGGCUCCACCCAUCACAACACCGUAGAGAGGUGGGAUCCAGAGACGAACUGCUGGUCCUUCGUCAGCCCGAUGGCGGUGGCUCGUCUGGGUGCAGGGGUGGCGGCGUGUGGGGGGGCCCUUUACGUGGUGGGGGGCUUCGAUGGACAGAACCGCUGGAGCUCUGCUGAGAAAUACCAGCCUGACACCAACACCUGGCAACAGCUGGCCCCCAUGAGCACCGUUCGCAGUGGCCUAGGACUGGUGUGUUUCAGCUCGUACCUCUACGCUGUCGGAGGAUACAACGGCCACAGUCAGCUGAGCUCUGUGGAGCGCUACAACAUCAGCAGGAACAUCUGGGAGCCCAGGGCGUCCAUGCAGCAGUGCCGCAGCGCCCACGGAGUCGCCGUCCACUGUGGAUGUAUAUACGCCCUGGGAGGUUUUAACCAACAUGGCUUCCUGUCCAGCGUGGAGCGUUACUGUCCAGACAGAAACGAAUGGACGUGCAUCACCAACAUGCCGAUUGGACGCAGCGGCAUGGGCGUGGCCGUAACCAUGGAGCCGUGUCCUGGCGCCCUGCAGGAACCAGAGGAUGAAGACGAAGGAGACACAUGAAGACGCAAACACAGCAAACCACAGCAAACUGUCCAGUACUGAAGAUGAAGGUGCUGCUUUUCAACAGAGGACUGAGUACACUGGGGUCAAACAUACGGCCCACGGACCAGAACCAGAGGACCCAAACCCAAGGGUCUAAUCUGGACCGUUAAGGGUCUAAUCUGGACCACCUAAGGGUCCGGUCUGGACUGCAGUAUGACUGUGUAAAAACUACACUGAAGGUAUGAACAGUCAAGGAUGACAAACUGGUUUUAGUUCAGGGUCCACAAACAGAACAGCUGUGAUCUGAAAUACAAUAAGAGCACAAGAAUCGAGAAAUAAUGACACUUCCACGUCGUUUCUUUGUUUUAGUCUGAAAAAUAACAUUAAAUUAUGAAAAUAUUUACAUUAAGAAACUAUCCUAUAACAAUAGCAUGUGAAUUACCUGAACAAAUAUGAAAAACCUGAAAUGUUUAAAG